GCGUUCCCAGGCGCGCCCCUAACGGGCCCGGGCGGCGGCCCUGGCGCCCCGCCCCGGCCGGCCCGCCCCUCCGCUCCAUCUUGCGGGCGUCCGGGCCGGGCAGUGACGCUGCUCUCCGGGGUCAGAAAUGUCCUACCCAGGCUACCCCCCUGCUGGCUACCCGCCCUUCCCUGGAUACCCGCCUGCAGGUCAGGAGUCCACUUAUCCCCCUCCGGGUCAAUAUCCCUAUCCCAGUGGCUUCCCCCCCAUGGGAGGCGGCGCCUACCCUCCUGCACCGACCAGUGGCUACCCUGCUGGCCCAGGAGGGUAUCCCGCCCCCGGAAGCUACCCCGGUGCGCCGCCGCCAGGGGGCGCUCCCGCCUACCCAGGAGGCCAAGGAUUUGGAGCUCCAGGAAGUAUGGGUUUUCCUGGCUACCCGCAGCCACCGGCACAGUCUUACGGUGGCCCAGCUCAGGUGCCCCUGCCUGGUGGCUUCCCUGGAGGACAGAUGCCUUCUCAGUUCCCUGGAGGACAAACUCCUUUCCCAACCCAGACUGAUCCUGAAGUCUUUCCUUCCUAUCCUGCUUUUCCUUCUGCCUCUCUGGACUGUAGCAGUGAACCUGCCACAUUGACUCAGGGCACUCAAGGAACCAUCCGACCUGCAGCCAACUUUGAUGCCAUGAGGGAUGCUGAGGUUCUUCGAAAAGCUAUGAAGGGAUUUGGGACUGAUGAACAGGCCAUUGUGGACAUUGUGUCUACCCGUUCCAAUGACCAAAGGCAGAAGAUCAAAGCUGCUUUUAAGACCAUGUAUGGCAAGGAUUUAAUCAAAGAUCUCAAAUCAGAGUUAAGCGGAAAUAUGGAAGAAUUGAUCCUGGCUCUGUUCAUGCCACUGACCUAUUACGAUGCGUGGAGUUUACGGAAUGCAAUGAAGGGAGCGGGCACUCAGGAACGAGUAUUGAUUGAGAUCUUGUGCACAAGAACAAAUCAGGAAAUCCGUGAGAUUGUCCAAUGUUACCAGUCAGAGUUUGGCCGGGACCUGGAGAAGGAUAUUAGGGCCGAUACAUCAGGACACUUUGAACGUUUACUUGUGUCCAUGUGUCAGGGAAAUCGUGACGAGAACCAGACCGUGAACUAUCAGAUGGCUCAGGACGAUGCACAGCGUCUGUAUCAAGCUGGGGAGGGCAGACUCGGGACAGACGAAUCUUGCUUUAACAUGGUUCUGGCCACAAGGAGCUUCCCUCAACUGAAGGCGACCAUGGAGGCCUAUCAAAGGAUGGCUAAUCGUGACUUGCUAAGCAGUAUUGGUCGAGAGUUUUCUGGAAAUGUGGAAAAUGGCCUGAAAGCCAUCCUGCAGAGUGCUCUGAAUCGCUCAGCCUUCUUCGCUGAGAGGCUUUACCACUCCAUGAAGGGCGCUGGCACCGAUGACUCCACUCUGGUCAGGAUCGUGGUCACCCGGAGUGAGAUCGAUCUUGUGCAGAUCAAGCAGGUAUUCAGCCAGAUGUACCAGAAGAGCCUCAGCACCAUGAUCGCAGGCGACACCAGUGGAGAUUACCGGAAGCUGCUACUGGCCAUUGUCGGCCAGUAGGAGGGAUUUCUUCCAUGAUGUGCUUCACUCUCCGAGCAGUGAUUUAUCCGCAUGCAGCAUCAUCAUCAACCAUCACCUUACCGGAAGAGCUUUUGACUAAGAACUGGAUAUUUGUCAGGAUUCUGUACCUGACAUAUUUGCACAUGUGGAUAGUGCCUUAAUCUCAAUGUUUUCGUUUUUUUCUACAAUGGAAAGCCAUAGCACAGCCAUGUAGUAAUAACAUAAUGUUUGUCGAGCAUAAUUCUCAUUGUUCUUAUUCUAAUCAAGACAUGAAAUUGAAUAAAGAUACAACACUCUAA